AUGGAUUUGGAAGUGGAUUUUCAUGAAGAGCUGCGAAAUACCUAUGAGAAGACGCUUCAGCUAGCUGUUAACAUUUCAAAUAACAAAGUAGAAAUUUUCAAUGCAAAUUUGAGGGGAACAGACAUCAAGUUUAUCAAAUCAAUCGCUAAAGAAUAUAACGAUUUCAAAGAUAUCCACGACAAGUAUAUGAAGCUUCGUCCAAAAACGAUCGAAAGAAGCCGCUUUUCUCGUCCGAAAACACCUGAAAUUGCAUCAGAAACUGAUUCUGGGUCUCUUCUGCCAAGGCAUGCAGGAAAAUCAAGGCUGAAUGUUUCUCUUGAUGAAGCCCAAGCUAUGGUAAACCAAACGAAGGCUGGGAAGCCAAUUUCUUUAAAUGGCAGCUCAGAUGAUACAAAACCUUCGCUCAUGCUCAAAAAGUUCCAGCAAAGUAACUCAGUCAGCUUUGAUACUGCAGAUGAAGAAACCAAAAAACUGCCAUAUGUCUCUAUUUUAAGUGGAAAAGUGGAGCCUCCUCUUGAACUGCCUUCUUAUAAGGACUAUAUCAAAUCCCACCAAGGCUACUCUAAAAAAGAGCCUAUGAAAGAAACAUCCAUUCAACGAAUUGAUAGAUGCCAGCAAGUAUUAGCGGAUCUCAGCAAAGAAAUGGCUGGGCUGGAAAUGUUUUGCAAAUCAAAUCCUGGAGUUCCGUGAAAUAAUGACAAAAAGAUAUUAUUGAAGCUAAGCACAAAUCCUUCAAAAAGGCUGGCAAUAAUCAGAGCUUAUAAUGAGAGAUUUCAGUCUUCAGCAGUUUCUAAGGACCUAAAAUCAUCAGGUGGAAGAGGCCGCAGAAACUCGAAGCCUUUAAGAGCACCUUCAUUUACUCCUGGAAGAGUAUAUACACAAGAAAGUGCUUAUGAAUCGCCUUCAAAUAAGCGAGUGCUAUCUCAAACACCUGUUUUUAUUAGUGAAAUGCCAAUAAUUGAAGAACUGAGACCAAAAAGCUCUAUGAGGGAGCAACCUCUAGGAGAAGACCCUGAAGUUCUUGUGCAAAGAUGCUCAUCAAGAUUUAAAAAGACCCAGGACUCUGAAAAUAAGAAGCUUAUACAGAUUAUUGAAAAACUUAAAAAUGAUCGCCCUGGAAUCAGAAAACAAAAGGCAGCAAUAAUUAUUAAAUCCCCACCUUGGUUUGAGUUAAGAACUAUUUUGGGAAAUUAGCCCUUGAUGAGUGAGUAAAUUUUUUAAUGGAAAUGUUUUUGGAAGUAAACAUAUUUUUAAUAUAUAAUUAAUUAUUAUAAUAAUAAAUCCAUUUAUAUUAAAAUUUAGAUAGCUAACGUUCUAAAGGAAUAAAUUUAUAAUUAAUUAGAUUUUUCAUUUAAAAUUUCGAUUUUUUUUAAAAUCACAAAAAAUUUUUUUUCUAAAAAUUUAAAAAAAAUGACCCGUCACAACAAAGGAUUUUAUUCGUUAAUUAAGGGAGUAAGGAAAAUGAGAAAUAUAAAGAUAAAAUGCAUUCUUUGAAUAUUUUUGAUGGAAUUAAAAGGAAAAUUGAGUCAGAAAGAUCGUCUAUAAUGAAAAAAAAUCGAUCACAGGUAUCUGUGUAUGGCGCAAUGCUUACUUAUUUAAAGAAAAGAGAGACAAAUCCUACACCACUGGAGCUUUCGUUCAUGGAAGCCAUUAAAGAAUAUUUAGAGAACGGAGCAGUCAUAACACUAAAUACUUUAAAAGACUUGCUUCAAAGCUUAGAAUCAGAUGAGAAAAAUGAAUUACUGCCUAUUUUGAUGAUUGCAAAACCACAUUUAGAGUUUUCGGACUCGGAGUUUAGAUCUAUUUUCGCUUAA